AUGGUCAAAGCAGUAGAGCCAGUUGCGCCGUGGCGAGCGCUUCGUUGGCGGCUCCCGAGCGAAAGGAUCGCCACUCGGGCGUCCUGAGAAAUCGGUAAUCGCGUAAUCCGUACACUAUGGCGGUACUCUGGUGGCUGCUUUCGAUGCUGGUGGUGCUGAUCUUACCGCCCAGCUAUCACCUGGCCACGCCCUCCUCCGGGAGCGGCCAGUUGCGUCGUCUUUGGCUGCAGGAUCAUUGCAGUGCGGGUAUUUGCACGAAUGUGGUGAUUGGACGCAGUGAUUAUGUGAUCCUAUCACAGGCGCCCAUCGCAGGCACCACCAUGCUCACCUUUCUGAACUCGAGCAUUGCCAAGAUACCGCAUUUGCUGUUCGACACCUUUCCGGAUCUGCAGGUUCUGCGCAUGGAGAACUGUUCGCUGGAAACGUUCGAGAAACCGCAGUUCGAAGGUGCCAGCAAUUUGAUGAGCUUGUUUCUGGGACAUAAUCGCCUGAAGGAUAUACCUAAGAAUAUAUUCUUGGGCGCCGACAAUCUGGCUACAUUGCAUCUGCAAGGAAAUCUGUUGAAGCAGCUCGGCAAUCAUAGUUUCCAUGCUCUGAAAGAAGUUAAGGAACUUUCGCUGGCGGAAAAUCAAUUGGAGCAAAUCUCUCUUGGCGUCUUCAGCGGCAUGAGGAAACUGAUAGAUCUAAAUCUGGCUGGCAAUCGAUUGGAUGCCCUGCCCAGAGGCGUCUUCGAUCGGAAUUUAAACCUAACCAAACUAAAUCUGGCCAGAAACCGCUUUACCGCCUUCGAAUCGGAACUGUUGAAGCUGCAGCCGGUAUUCACCCAGUUGGAUAUUUCUGGAAAUAUCUUCCAGGAGCUAACACUGAACUUCACCUUGCUGGAUGUGGCUAUAGCUCAUAGUUGCGAUUUGAGGAGGUUGACUGUUUACGGAGUGAUCCAUGAACUUGAUUUGCACAACAACUCGCUGAGGGAAAUGCCACACAUUCCACUGGCCGCCAACGUGAGCAGUUUGGAUUUGUCGCACAACCCGUUGGGAAAUCUGCAGGGUAAUCCGUUGCGUAGAUUCACAUCGCUGUUGCGAUUGAAUCUUUCUGCCACCGGUGCCCACGAGCUGCCAGAGGGAUUGUUCAAGAAACAGAGCCAUCUGCAAAUGCUGGAUAUAUCAGGAAAUUCCAUAUACUCGUUGAAAAUCACAAUCUUCGACAGUUUGAAGGCGCUGCAGUAUUUCUACUUUCAGCAGAACAACUGGAACUGCGAUUUUCUGCAACUGCUGAUGAGUUCGUUUGUGAAACGCAAGGACAUAUCCUUCAUGGAGGACAUAACAGCACCCGAAUUGGUGGACGAUUAUGUGGAUGGCAUUGCCUGUUGGUAUGAGAGUGACAAGCAGUCCAAGAAGUGUGACUCUGGUGGAUCGGAUGCAGCCAUGGAACUCUCAGUUGUGCGAAAUGAAAUCAAGACCUUCACCGAGUUGGUAGAGAAGAAGUUCGUCAAAGUGUACCGCAUGUUGGAGGAGCUGAAGAUGAAGCUAUAACCGGCAUUGGAUUUAAGUCUUUCCUAUAUUACUCAAAUCAUAUUUAAUCCCCAUAUUUAGCCAACUAUAUAAUCAAAUCAAGCAAUGUUACUCGUAUUUUAAGUUAUUUGACACACAAAAGCAACAUAUGGAUAUUUUAGGACAUUUUACCAGAACCAAUAAAGCACAUUUUGGAACUC